AUGCAUCCUUAUCCUCCAAUAAUAAAAGUGAAAGGGAAAAAGAGGCUAAUCUUUAUUUCAUGGGAAACAGGGAAGACUCCCAUGAGUUUGGAGGAAGAUCUUAAGAUUUCAAAGAAGGAAAUUGCCUCCUUAAAAACUUCUAAUGAGGACCUAAAGAAGUCAUUGGAUGAAAUUUCUAACGAAAAACUCUUUAAAGAAAACAAUUCUUUGAAAAAUGAAGUUGAGAAGCUUAGGAACUCAAUCUCAAAAUUUCACAAAGGGAAAGAGUCUUUUGACACACUAGUUGUAUAUCAAAGAGCUCCCUUUGUGAGGAAUGAACUUAGGUUCAAUGAAGCUUCAUCAUCCACAUCUCACAACAUAAUUUUUGUCCAAGCCACUCAACCACAAGCAUUUGAGAGAAACUCAAAUGUGUAUCUUAAAUCCACAAGCACCAUCUUUGGCAUGUUGAUAGUGGAUGUUCAAGGAAACAAAGUCACUUUCGACUCCAAUGGAUGUCUUGUCAACACUCUAGUGGAUGACAAAGUGAUAUUUAAAGGAGAAAGAAGUGGCAACACCUACACAAUUGACCUACACAAAGUUGCUAAUCAAUCCUUCAAGUGCCUUGUAUCUAUUAGUGAUGAAUCUUGGCUAUGGCAUAGAAGACUAAGACAUGCAAGUAUGGAGCUUCUAUAUAAGAUAGUGAAAGAAGAACUAGUAAAUGGACUUCCCAAGUCUAUUCCACAUCAAGCAAAGCCUAUAGAGUCCAUGAAUGUAGUUUUUGAUGAAUCAAAUAAGCUUGAUCUUGGGGAAGGUGUUUGUGUAAAUGAUAUUGUAGGUGCACUUGAGGAACUCAAAGUAGAUGUUGAUGAUCCUUCAAAAGGAGCGAACAAAUCUAUAAAGGAAAUUCAAGAAGACCAACAAAAUCAAGAUGCAACUCAAGAUCCCUAA